AUGUUCUUCAGCAAAUCUCUUUUCGUUGCCAUCCUCACUGUUGCCAGUGCUAGCGCCUCCGUCGUUGUGCGUCGAGAUGACACUCCCGAGAAGAUCGGGGAUUACAUUACGGCUUGCAAGCACCAUAAAGUCAAUGACAAGUGCCACUAUUUGUGGCUUGACGGAGACGUUGUGAGGGAGUUCAAUGGAUACUGCCUCGAUUACGAGGGAGUAUUGGAAUGCAUUACAGUCAAUACUGGUGGCAACUGA